ACUUUUCCAACAUCUGGCGACACCGACACAGUCACAGUGCACGAGUGGCACGACACAUCAAACCGGCCACGUAUAUACAUAUGUGCCUCUUUUUUAUAUAUUCUAUAUUUUGUUGUAUUUUCAUUUCGAAUAACCUCUUGUAGUCGAUAAUCUCGCACGAAAUGCCAUUGAUCGUAUCACGUAUGUCAAAAUUUUCAGCUUAUCUCCGGAGAUUGCUCUGAAACGAUUUCCUUUGCAAUGAUGGACAAAAUAUUGCAUUUCCGUUAGAAACCUUGGAUACUUAAAUACGAGAUUAGAUUAUAUCAUGUCGAAGAAGAUUAUUUGCCUGUUUGACGUAGAUGGCACACUUACUGAACCACGGCAGCCAAUCGGUUCUAGCGUUGAAAAGUUUCUCCUAGAAACUGUAAAAAACGAGUUUGACAUUGCAGUAGUGGGAGGUUCUGAUUUAAAUAAGAUUCAAGAACAGCUAGGUGGUAGAAACCUCUUUGAAAAGUACAAGUAUGUUUUCGCAGAGAAUGGCCUUAUUGCUUUUAAAAAUGGCAAAGCUUUGCCUUCACAAUCGAUACAAGAUAUAAUCGGAGAGGAUGCACUGCAGGAUUUUAUAAAUUUUAUCUUGCGAUAUAUAUCUGAGUUGAAGCUGCCAUUUAAGCGUGGAACAUUUAUAGAAUUCCGUACAGGCAUGAUGAACGUUACGCCAGUAGGACGAAAUUGCAGUAAGAAAGAACGCGACCAAUUUAAUGAAUAUGACAGUGAACAUCAUAUUCGUGAGAAAUUUAUACAAGCUCUUAAAAAGGAAUUUCCUGAUUUAGGUCUAACUUACAGUAUUGGGGGACAAAUCUCUUUCGAUGUUUUUCCUAUCGGUUGGGAUAAAACAUAUUGCUUACGUCAUAUUCAGGGAUAUGACGAAAUACACUUCUUCGGUGACAAAACGGCCGAAGGCGGUAACGAUCACGAGAUUUACGAGAGCGAUCUGACGAUAGGCCAUCGUGUCACUUGUCCCAAGGAUACCAUAAAUCAAUUGAACGUUCUUAUGACACUCGUAAAAGAAAAUAGGGAGAAAGAGCAGCUUAGUAUUCCGAUGCAAUGCGUUAAGUAGUUCAGGCCUAGAAGAAUAAAGUAUUUUUCCAGGUCGAGUUAAAUUGUAUUUUUAAUCAGUAUAUUUUUGUUAGUAUGUUCUUGCACAACAGAUUCGUUUCUUUUCAUUCUUAUUUUUCUUUUCUUUUUUUUUUUUUUUUUAUCAAUUGUUACAUUCCUGACGAUGAAAGUAGAUUAUUUAAUUUGAUUCUUAUAUAAUUUCAAGUAGAAUUCCUCAACACCUAAAUUUUUAGAUACAGCUGUUUUCACGCACACCUAGAAAUAUAUUUGUACAUAUGUUCUGUUCUGAUAGUUUUACUACUAUCAAACUUACACAGAAAUAGUAAAUAUUAAAUAAAAAAGAUUAUUAUGAAUACAGUAAUUUAUUUUUUGUCAGAAUUAAAUUCUAUUCUCAUAUGUCUUACAUGUGCAUACACGGUCACGCAUAUAUCAUUGCAUUUACGCAUCCAUAUGUACAUAUAUAUUAAAACUACAUUAAACAAUAACAAUGUUAAGAU